UUUUCAAUAUUUCUUCAACAUUUUGUUUGAUUCGCUGGGUUUUACAAUGUUUGAUACAACAGAUCUCAAUAUAAAUAUACUAAUGUAACAAAGCAGAUCAUAAAGGUCACCAUAGUAAAUGAACUAUUUAACAAAUCAGUAUGAGUGUCACAGCAACGCAACAGAAAUUUUCUAAUCUGCGCCGGCGUUUAGAUCAGCUGGGAUAUCGGCAACCACUUGGUGUUGAGUCUUUGCCGCUUGUUGAACGCCUCUUCUCUGACCUCAUCCACACAACAGAAAGUCUCAAAAAUGUGAAAUUACAAAAAAACAGGGGCCAGCAGGACCAAGUGACCUUAGAUGCCCAAAUUGAGCCUUAUAAAACUGACAAUGCUAAACUAGUGAAAGAAAACAGUGAACUGCACCAGCAGUUGAUGAAACAAAAGGAGGAUGCAGAUGGAAUGCUCAGGGAUCUCAAGGCUUCUUUGCGCAAACUUGAACAUGAAAAUGCAGAUUUAAAAUUCUUGAACAAUCAGUAUGUGCACAAGGUGCAACAGCUGGAGAAAGAGUCAAAGAGCAAAACAGAGCGAAUUCUGCAUCUACAGGAGAAAAAUUUCCAUGCCGUGGUACAGACCCCUGGUGGUAGAAAGAAGAACAUCCCCUUCCGUCGCCAGCGCAUGGAGAUCGACAGUACAAUCCCGCCUAGUAAUGCCACCACUCAGUACGAGUCGUCGUUGUCAUCAACUCAGGUUGAUGACCCAUACGUUGCUGACAUGUUGCAUGUGGCCGAUACCAAGAUUGCAGAUCUACAUGCGGAGGUCAACAAGUUACGAGAUGAGAGUGAAAUAGCAGAUAGGAAGAUAAAACAUCUUAAGACUCAGGUUGACGGGCGAGAUAGCGAGAUAGAUCGUCUGAACAAGAUGUUGGAGGGUGGCCGACCAUACGAUGUGGUCUCGCUGGAGGCGCGCAAUAAAAGUAACGAGAGGCUCAUCUCUCAUCUCAAUAUACAGAUUGACUACCUCCAACAGCGAAACAGGGACCUGGAGCGCCAGCUGACGGAGUUGAGGACUGUUGAGCUAGAGAGCACGUCCCAGCGUAUUGACCUUGAUGUGAAGAACAAGACGCUAGAGACUGAGCUGGUAGAUGUCGACCGAUUGGCCAAGAAUCUUCAGGAUGAGAAAGAUAUGGCACUUGAGCGAGCUGACCGGGAGGUGAAUGUCUCACGGCUAGAGAUGGAGAAAUCUCGUAGGGAACUUGAUGAUUUGGAGUUACAGUUGGAACAAAUGAGAGCUGAAAAGGUGCGAACUAGCAAUGAGUGUGGUGACGUCCAAAUCCAGCUGGCUGCUGUCGAGAGUGACUAUCAGAAGUUGGAAGAUUUGCUCAACAAAGUACAGGAUGACAAACGAAAACUCAGCCUGCGUGUCAAUAGGCUUACUUCAAAUGAAAGAGAACUUGUCAUGGAAAUUGAACGUUUAAAAACAAGAAAUGGUGUCAAAAAGAGGGCCAAGUCACCAAAUAGGAUGGACUCGUUCAUCAAGAGCCUUGAGGAUGAGCGGGACUAUUGGAAAGGAGAGGUGGACGUGUUACAGAAACUUCUCAAAAUGGAAUCACGUACACCAACACGCUGCCCAGGAAGUCCGAAGAAAUCAACCCCCACGAAAAAAGGCACAAGUAACAUGACUCGUUCGAGAUCGAGUACUCCAUCGAAGAGUGGGAAAAAUAAGACCUGUGGUCACUAUGAUGCCAUACUCAAAGUAUUAGAAGAGGAACGAGAUUACUACAAGCGAGAAUACGAAAUGGCCCGAGCUCUUCGACAUCACGCAACAAGUCCGAGUCGGUCACCACCCACACGAGACAGGAGUUCGGAUGAUGGAGAUGUACAAAGACUAACGAGGGAAAGAGAUGAACUGCAAAGCUUGCUGGACAAGUUUGAGAGACACAUGGCUGAGAUUCAGGGCAACGUGAAGGUUUUGACUGCCGAAAGAGACAAUAUCAACAGUAUGUAUGAGGAGGCCAAAGAAGAUUUAAUGAAGCUUCGACGCGAAGUAGUAAAAUCACCAAAAUCACCGAAGGUUUCCUUGGCGGCUCAAGCCGUGUUGAGACGGGUUGAAAGUGAACGUGAUGACGCCCUGAUCGAUCUGCGUCGGGUGCAGACAGAUCGAGACAGUCUUCGAGAACGGUUAAAAAUUGCCACAGAAUCACAGUUGACUGACCGUGCUCGUUUGGAACAGAGAGUGGAGGACCUCGAGAACAACUUGAGAAUUGUUGAAGCUGAGAGAGAAGAUUAUGCAGCGCGUGUAGGAUCACUGAAGGAGAUGAUGAUAUCGCUCGAAGAUCAACUCAAGAACCAGUCCAUGUCCUUAGCUGAAACCAGAGAGGAAAGCUCGCAGAACAAAGCCACAGCAACACAAAUGAGAUUGUUGACAGACCAGGCUGAACGAUCACUUGAUGAGCAGCAGCGUCGCUUGGCCCGCAAGGAGUCAGAGCUCCGCACUGCCAAUGAGAAGUACAAAAUCUUGGAAGACCGUAUGUCUGACAUGAGCCGAAUCAAUCAAGAUACCAGGGAUGAGGUGUCUCGUUUACGGGCCACCAUCGGCGCCCUCGACCGGGAGAAAGACUCACUGCAGACGAUGGUUGACGAUAAGACAGAGAGAUUGGCCAUGCUUGAAGACGACGUCAAAAAUAAGGAUCAGUCUCUUUCUGACCUCCAGAUCACUUGUUCCAGUUUAGAGACAAGGCUAUCUCAAAACAGUGAGAGUAUCAGCCAGCGCGAGAGAGAGAUCCUAAGCCUUCGCCGACAGGUAGACGCAGUGACUGCAGAUCUCUCCGAGGCCUCACACGGGAAAGAGGCGGUGCUGAGAGAAAACCGACGGCUCCAAGAAGACCUGUCGCUCAUGACGAAGGAGAACCAGGCGUUGAAUUGUGACCUGGACGAUGUGGUCAACGAACGUGAGGACUUCAAGGUGCAGGUCCAGGAUUACGUAAACGAGGUGAAGAGAGUGGAGGACUUGCUGAGUGAAAAGGAGCAAGAACGCACCGAUCUCCUUGACCAAUACAGGGCUCUAAGCCUUGAGGCUGACAAAUAUCAGACUCAGACCCAUCAGCUCGAGAGCGAAGGUUCCAACCUCAAGCUCGAACUGAUGACCAAAGAUUCUGAAGUUAGGAGGCUGAGAGACAAGAUGGAUGGUCUGGAUAAGGACUUGCAAGAUACAAUCCAUUCUCAACAAGCAUACGAAAUCCAGGUUUCAAAUCUGACACGGUCCGUCGCCGCUUUGGAAGAGAAUCUACGAGAGGCAGAUGAUGAGCGUCAGAAUCUCCUACAAGAUCUCGCAGCAGUUAGGGAUCUGUGCAGCAAGCUGGAGUGUGAUAAGGAAUCGUAUCAGAGGCAGUUGACGGCAAAGUCAUUGGACUUGGAACAGCUGCAAAAUAUGGUCGAAGAUGCGAAGUCUGAAGUGAGCGUAGUAAAAUCACAAAUGCAGGCUGAGAGGUCGUCCAAUAAGAACCUUGAGAGUCUCCUCCAAUCAAAUCGAGAGAAGGAGUUCAAAGUUCAACUGACCACACAGGAGAAGGAUGCUGAGAUCAAUAUGUUGAGAGAGAGGCUGCAGCUCAAUGAGGCAAGAUUAGAAAACCAGAAUCGAGAGCUGUCAUCACUACGAACAAGAAAUCUUGAAACCGAGACCGAAAUUGAGCACCUCAGGCGCCAGUUGACGAGUGAACGAUUUGAAAGGGAACGAACCAUCCAGGAGAUGAGACGCCAAGGCAUGACUCCACCAUUAGCCGAGUACAGAUCCAAGCUGAAUACGUCUGGUUACUCUGCUAGAUCACCCCUUAGCCCUGCUAGGCGGUCGCCAACUCCAAGCAGUGCUCGUCACCAAAGAACACCAGAGAGACCACGCUCGCCAUACAGUGCUGCUAAAUCAUUCCUUGACGAUGACCUCACCAGCACAUCACAACAUUACAGUUGAAGAAAUAACAAGCCAGGAAAUAGAUAGACCAUGUUAACUGAACAGUUUGCAGACAGAGAGAAAUGAGGAUACCAUUGUACUUGGAAGGAACACAGUUACCUUCAAUUAUAAUUCGAAGGAGAACAUGGGUGGAGAUACAUGGGUCAGCCAACCGGUGUUGCCUAUCAAAUGAAUUUGUCCAAUUCCUUGCAAAAGACAUUUCUUCCAUCUUGUUUUUCGCUGUAGUCGCAUGUUCAUUUUGAGACUACAACUUUCUGUGUGGGGCAAGGAAUUGGGCUGACGUUUGAAAGGAAGUUAUAAUAAUACACUGAGUUAGGAAUUUAGUUGUGAGGUCCCAAAGGGUAAUAGCUUUGAUAAUUGACUUUUGACGAAAUUGGGUGAACAGACAUUCGUGUAGACAUCUAGUUCCCAAAAUUAGCACAUUUGAUAACACAGACCAUGUUGUUUUUGUUGCAUGUCAAACAAAUGACUAAUUGGAAAAGUAUUCUUAUCCAGGAUGUCAUGGUAACAAUAGCUUGGGGGUGGUGUGCCACAGUUUGGUCUAAUAUCAUUAUACCUUGACCAAACUGUGGUGUGUUUGUGUCAAUUUAUUCAACGCUACUGCAGGUUUUUGUCUCAGAAGAUUUACAGCUAUGGUGCCAAUUUGGUCCAGCCAGGUUUUUAGUAAACCUAGACAGACAGUCUGUUUGCUAUUAUGCAUUGUGUUAUUGCUAGAAUGUAGGUUUGACAAUAGUUAAAUUUGACGGAGUAUUUCCACAUAUUAUCAUUACUAUAAGAUCAGGUACUCAUUAGAACACUCAGGUUAAAUGAUCUUCCAUCCAAUCAUUACUAUGAAAAAGAAUAAUAAAAUAUUCUUACUGUGAACACUGUGUACAAUACGUACAAGAACACUGUGUGCAAUCCCAGGUACAAUCUUCGUGAACUUUCUCAAGUGACUCCAUCCUUUCACUUGCGGUGCUACUAGAACCACUGUGCACAAAAUCUUGCAGUACGUGUAUUCCAAAUUUUGUAGAGAAUGUAUUUCCGGAUACCUAGACUAGAUUUGGCCCGUUUGUGGCCUCCAAUAAUGUUGAGAAUGAUUUUAGAUACAUAGAUUGUUAAUAAGAAUUCAAAGGUUGACAACUUCUAGAGAAUGGUUUUAACAAGUAAACGCAGUUUAUCACUGGUUUUCCUGUCAAGAGAUGUGAACUAAGUUUGUCACAAGUUAAUGGGUUGAGAGAUGAGAAGUUCAAUUCAAUAUUUUUUGUGUUGUUAUUGUAAAACUCUGACUGUGUACAUUGUCAAGUGCAAAGUAAACCUUCCCUUUGCCAGUUCUUGCAUCAUCACACUGGUUUAAAAACCAAAUAAAGUUGAUUUACUGUUUCAAGCUUGCAUAUAAAACAAGAUAGGGCUACUAGUAUAUGAAACAUUUGUAAAUACGGUGUCACAGACUGGGGGCUGGCCCCUAGAUGAAAGCUAUGUUUAUAAGUUGCACAAAUAAUUUUUAUGACAAAAUCAACUGUAUGUUUUAAUGAUUUAAUGUUAUUUGUCUGUGAACAUUUAAUAGUCUCAAAUUAUUCAGCUUUUCUAAUAUAGACUACAGAUAUUUGUGACUGUGACUCACCGAAGUAAACUUUAAAUUAAAGUAAAGUUAAAAUAUCUUAAAGCAUGAUGAAAUUUGUUAAGAGAAACAUAAAGACCAGGUGAUCAACCAGAUUUGAAAAAUUUAGUUUUAGUAGAUUUAUUAUCAAGCAUGACUUGGAAUGUAGAAUGCAUAGGAUGCAAGCACAGAUUUAACUGUACAAGUAGGUCCAAAAGUUUUUAUUUAGCCUACUUCCCUUAACCAAGCAUAUUAAUGAAUUUGCAUGAGAGUGUGGCCUAGUUUUGCCUGUCUGUAGGAAAGCAUGUAAAUUUGUUGAAGUUGACAUAUUUUUGUACUUUUCGAAUAAAAUAUGACGAUGAUUAUUA